AUGUGCUCUCUUGAUAGACCCAAAAGACAAAAGACAUCAUCAUUAGAAUUGAAAUCUGUUACAUCCGAAUCAUUCUCCGGAAAAUUAAUAAAAAACUUCAAUGUAACAGAUGUACUGAAACAAAAAUUAUCUGAAAGUGAAGCAAGUGACAAUACGUCUUCGUCAUUCGAUGAGGAAUCAAUCGCGCCAGAACUAUUAACACUAUCAUCAUCAAGACACAUUGACAGAUCAUCAUUAAAUAAUCAGAGGAGAGACGGUGAAUUAUCAACUAGUAACAGCGAAGAACAACAAGAUAAAAACAUCGAAAAGAAGCAAUAUUUAAAUAAUCAAAAGUCAAUGGCAUCGUAUUCAUUUCCGUCGCCUGGUUAUGUUAAUGUUCCACCAUUUUAUAGUCAAACUCCAAAUCCUUAUUUGGGACCAGGAUUUAAUUUACAAUAUUCGUUUGAUACAUUUCCGAGUACAGCGGCUGUUUCACCUAAUAGUCCGCUAUCAGUUACUUCUAAUUACACAUCCCAAUCUGGUAUUGAAAAUGGUUAUUAUCCUUAUCCACAACCAACGUCUCUCAAUUAUCCAUGUUAUACAUCCUCAUCACCAUAUGCCUCGCCAUAUAAUAUUUCUUCUGCAGCUGCAAUAUCCAGUUCAACAUCCUUAUCAGGACCGUCAACAUCUUCAACUGCACCAACAUAUCAAUUAAAUUCAAUACCUCCUACAGCUGAUUUAAAUCAAUUUUCAAAUUUGUCAUCUACUUCACCAUCACCAUCUUCAAAAACUGAGACAAGUACACGCUCAUCAAAAUCAAAAAGUAAUCGUGGUCGAAAAAAUCAACCAUCACCAGAUCCAGAAAAUAAUAUUGAGCGUGUAUUUGUAUGGGAUUUAGAUGAAACAAUUAUUAUAUUUCAUUCAUUAUUAACUGGAACGUAUGCACAACGAUAUCAGAAAGAAUGCGACCAAGUUCAUAUUGACGAUGUGGCAUCAGACGAUAAUGGACAAGAUUUGAGCACCUAUAAUUUUAUCGCCGAUGGUUUUCAUUCUUCAACAAAUAUUGUUAAUCCGUGUAUCAGUAGUACAGUACGAGGAGGUGUCGAUUGGAUGAGAAAAUUAGCAUUUCGUUAUAGAAAAAUAAAAGAUUUAUACAACAGUUUUCGAAAUAAUGUUCAAAGUUUAUUGGGACAACAAAAGUAUGAAGAAUUAAUACAACUUCGAUUAGAAGUCGAAGCAUUAACCGGCUCAUGGUUAACAUUGGCAUUAAAAGCAUUAACAAUUAUAAAAGAAAGAAAAAAUUGUGUGAAUGUAUUAGUGACAACUACUCAACUUGUACCAGCAUUAUCUAAAGUUAUUUUGUAUGGUUUGAGUGAGGUUUUCGACAUUGAAAAUAUUUACAGUGCAACAAAAAUUGGUAUGAGAAAUAUUUUUUGUUAUGUAAUUCAUACAGUAAAACUAAUUAUUUUUAAAAUGAUAGGUAAAGAAAGUUGUUUUGAACGAAUUAAUACGCGUUUUGGACGAAAGCCAACAUAUGUAGUGAUUGGUGAUGGACGGGAUGAAGAAUUAGCAGCAAAACAGUUAUCAUGGCCAUUUUGGCGAAUAAGUCAACAUCAACAUUUGACGGCUCUUCACCAUGCAUUGGACUUACAAUUUCUAUGA